CCGAGUCCAUUGAAGGCAUCACAAACUCCUGCUACAUGCGACACAACUGAGGAACUUUUCGCUCCUGAGUUUCCUCUCAGGCGCCAGGACGUGGGAUGCGGGGGAUGAGAUGAGGUGGAAGACAGCGGACAAAGAUGUGAAGCGAUAGUAGGAGUUUCGCUAUAGAAUAAUAUUACUUCACCUAUUGCUCGACAAGGAAAACAUGGCGAAUUCAAGCUCUCCUCAAAUGACCUCCGCUCUCCGGGCGUCGAUCCUGGAAAACCCCCUGCGGACCUAUCUCCUGGGAAUCAUCAUCUCUAUAUGUGGGAAUGUCGUCAUCAGCAUUUCACUCAACAUACAGAAAUAUGCCCACGUCCGUCAGUCUCAGCGUGGCUCCAAGCCCUACUACACCUCUGUGAUGUGGUGGUGCGGUGUGGUUCUCAUGGGUGUUGGGGAACUGGGGAACUUUGCUGCCUACGGCUUUGCCCCAGCAUCGCUCAUAGCCCCACUGGGCUGUGUGUCUGUCAUAGCCAGUGCUGUCAUAUCUGUGAUUUUCCUCAAGGAGACGAUGCGCCCCUCCGACAUGAUUGGUGGCACCCUGGCAAUAACAGGAACGUAUCUUCUGGUGACCUUUGCUCCCCAUACUUUCACACCCAUCACAGCCCAUCUGGUCCAGUACAAUGCCUUUAGCUGGCACUUCCUGCUUUACCUUUUUAUAGAGGUCAUCAUCUUUUGUAUCCUGCUGUAUCUGUACAAGAGGAGGAACAUGAAACACAUCGUUAUCGUGAUGUUGCUGGUGGCCCUGCUCGCCUCUCUGACAGUCAUCUCGGUCAAAGCUGUGUCAGGGAUGAUCACAGAGUCGAUCAAAGGCCAACUGCAGCUCAUAUACCCCAUCUUCUACGUAAUGCUCGUUGUCAUGAUUGCCUCCUGCGCCUUCCAGAUCAAAUUUCUCAAUGAGGCAAUGAAAAUGUUUGAUGCCACAGAGGUGGUUCCGAUCAACUUUGUGUUUUUCACGGCAAGUGCCAUUGUUGCAGGGAUAGUAUUUUACCAGGAAUUUGAAGAUUUGGCUUUACUCAACAUUUUUAUGUUUCUGUUUGGUUGUCUUCUGUCUUUCCUUGGAGUUUUCCUUAUAGCCCGAAACAGGCCAAAGAUAAAGCAACAAGAUCGAAAUUUUAUCGCAAUGGACAGGAUCCCUGGGAGAAGGCACACAGACAAAGUACAGCCUGAGGCAAAGACUACGACAUACGGAUCCCUGGCAGCCAAACUCAUGUGCAACAGAGCUGGAGACACAGACGAUUCAUAGGACCAGCUCCAUCUGUUGGGACUGUCAUUUAGAUUUAUGUGUACAAACCUCUUGUUACUUAAAUAUUAUCUCUAUUUAAAGAAAUAAAAUGGCAAAUACCUACCAAUAAAACAUAUGAAUUAUGCUCAACAACUGACUUUAUUGGUCUUUGAGUGAUCAGCUUUCAAUAAACAAAGGCAAAAUCUGACAUUUCAAA